AUGCAGGCAGACUCAACGCACAUGCGAUCCGCCCUGCAGUGCGUCGAGGCGGUGGCGGGCGUUGCGCGGCCGGUGGCUGUCGAGGCGCUCGUCUCGGGCGCGUGCGCCCGCCUCGUCGCGCGUGUGCCGCAGAUGGCGCCCGGUGCGGCCGAGGCGCUGCUCUGCGAGGUGGUCGGCGCCGGCGCGCUGAGCGACGAGGCGCUCGCGCCGGCGGCGCACGCGCUCAUCGAGCACGCGCCCUCCGUGCCGGCCGUGGUGAUAGAGGCGGCCGCGGUGGGCGGCGCGGUGCUCCUCGCGUCGCUGCCCGUCGGCGCCAAGCGGCGCAUCAUCGAGGCGGCGCCCGAGCGGUUCAUCCACCAGCUCUUCCCGCUCUUGAUGGAGUACAUCGCGCCGACGCGGCACACGCGUGUGCUCUCCGACGUGCUCGGCCUCUCCAGGCAGCUGCCGGCUGAGCGCCGCUCCGCCAUCGCGCCGCUCUCCGCGCUGCUCAGCCUCGCGCCCGUCUACCAGGAGCUCCUCAAGCUGUCGCACGACGUCUACAAGAACACUCUCGACGUCUUCAUCGCGAUGCUGCGCUGCGACGCGGACCGGAAGCUCCUUCGGCAGGUGCUCUCCUACCUCGCGGCGCAGGGGCUGCCGCCCGUCGCGGACCUCCCGGCGCAGCGCAGCCGGCUCGCCGACGCGGCGAUGGUCCUCGCAGCGUGGCCGGUCGCGCAGCAGCUCGCGCGCACCGUGAUGCAGCGGCUCGAGGCGCUCCUCUGCGCGUUGGCGCAGCUGCUGCUGCUGCCCACGCACGCCGUCUCGCUCCUCGGCAGCGGCAGACUCGCACCCGAGAAGUGGGAGAUGGAGGCGGCGGUGCCGCUCGACAGCCAGAUCGACUCGAUUCGCUCGCUCGUCUCGCUCGUGGUCGGCCGGCCGGCACUGCUCACGCCGGCGCUCUCCGGGGCCCUGCUGCUCGGCUUCCUGCUGCCCGCCGCGACGCGCUCCCACGCGGUGCACUCCCGGCUGCUGGUCCUGCUCGAAAAGUGCGCGCAGCAUUUCCGGUACGCGCAGCCGACAUCGGUCCUCGCGUCGCUCGACCGCUCCGCCUCAGCCGAGGGCCGCCGCCGCUCGCUGCUCGCCGAGGCACUCUGCCGCGCGCGCGACGAGGGGCAGCGCGGCGACGAAGCGGACUACUUUGAGCGGGAGUAUGCCCGGCUGGCGCUGGUGCUGCCGGAGCUCGCCAGCGAGCAGGGCUGA